CUUGGCAGUUAGGCCGGUACGUACUGUGUACAUUCUGAAAAGACGAAGACAAUGGAGCAAGAUGCCGAGAUGGAGGAGGUAACCGUCAUCAACGGCAAUGCCUCCGCCGCAGACGGUGGUCCUGGGAGGGAAACCGGUGGUAGUGGCGAUGGAGGAGGAGGUGGUGGCGGCGAUGAGGAGGAUGAUGUGGCCAUGGUCGGAGACGGAAACGGAAGCAAUGACCCAGUGGGGAAUAAAAAAUCACUUGACCGAGUUAAAGGACCGUGGUCACUCGAAGAGGACGCUGUACUGAGUCGACUGGUGGGUAAUUUCGGGGCGAGGAAUUGGAGCUUGAUUGCUAGAGGAAUUCCCGGGAGAUCGGGAAAGUCUUGUCGCCUAAGGUGGUGCAAUCAGCUCGAUCCCGCCGUCAAACGCAAGCCUUUUACUGAUGAAGAAGAUCGCAUCAUCCUUCAGGCCCAUGAUAUCCAUGGAAAUAAAUGGGCCUCAAUUGCAAGGCUUUUGCCAGGGAGAACAGAUAAUGCCAUUAAGAACCACUGGAAUUCUACCCUGAGGCGCCGAUGCAUAAAACUAGGCAAGUUUAAGAUGGAUUCCAGCAGGAUGGUGGAGGAUGUUAGUGAAGACAAAUCAAAAGGAUCAUCAGAAGAAACUCUAUCAUGUGGGGAUUUCAAUUCAUUCAGAAGCUUGGAAGCAAAAGAUGUGAGUUCUCGGGAAAACGUAGAUAGUCAAUGUGAAGACAGGCCUCAAACAAAAGGUCAAUUUAGUAUUGAAGCAAAAGAACCUCCUACUCUUAUCCGCCCUCUGGCUCGCGUUAGUGCGUUUAGUGUUUAUAAUCCUUCAGAUGCCCCCGAAACUCUGUUAACAUUUUCAAAACUAGCUCCUAUCCAAGGGCCUUUAAAUGAAGGCUCAAAACCAGAUAUGGGGAUCAUCAAAUUGAUUGAAGGAGCUUAUAGUGAGCGAUUGGUGCCACACCGAUGUGGCCAUGGCUGCUUUGAGACUCUAGGUGGGAGAAACCCUCGGAAGUCUUUCCUGGGGCCUGAAUUUGUCGAUUAUGCAGAGCCUUUGUCCUUUGCAAGUCAUGAAUUGGCUGCCUUAGCCGCAGAUAUCAGUAAUGUCGCUUGGCGCAAAAGUGGUUUGGAGAACAGCAGCAUCAAAGCAAUGGAAAAUGCUACUGGCAGGGUGAUGUGCAAAGGUUCUCACGGCCAAAUGGGAUGUUUUGAGGAGACUGAAAAGGGAAAGAACAGGCUCAUGGGCUUGAUGACUGAUAUGCUAGCAACCCCAAACAGUGGGAAAACUUUUCCGGUAGCUGCAAAAGUUGGGGGCCUGAAUUAAUAUCAGUGCUAGUAGUUGCAUGAUUCACUGCAACACCAAAAGCCUGUGUAUGAUAUAAGGAAUUAGUCAUGCUUACUGGGAGAGUUACAAAGGCUACAUGAACGUAAAGGGCAACAGUGAAUAUCAUUUCAUAGACCUCUCAGUUUAGAGGACAUUUUAACCAGAUUGGUAUUCUAAGAUUUGAAGAAAUUUAGAACUGAGCCCAACUUCUAGUCUUUAACAAACCUGGUCUGAGCUUUCAAGACAACGUGCAAAGGGGAAGUUCUUGGUACUCUAAAUUGCUAGUUUAUUGUCUCUAUAAGUGAUGUGCAUUCACGGACACAUGCACAGAGUUGUUUGAUUAGAUUGGGAUGGUAUAUUUGCAGAAUUCGAUCUACAAUUUGUCUUAGGUCUGCCAUUUGACUUGAUUGUACUGUUAGAAAUGAAGACCUACAGAGUCCAUCUUCCAGUCUUGAACAGACGUGAUCUGAUGCAAUUCCAGAUGUUCCACGAUACAGCUAUCCAUUUUUCUUACUUAAAUGAUACGAAAUUGAUGUAAAGGUGCCUCAUUUUUCUUCCUUUACAAUGCUGAAUUGAUAGAGUUCAUUUUUCAAGGUGGUAGCAUUAGCAUCACCCAUUAAUUCAGAAAGAGUUGAGGCACAUGGUCACGUCAUCACAGAAUGGUGAUUUGGACAACUUGGGUUAGUCAUUCGAGACGUCAACAAGCAAACAUUCAUUGGUUUUGGAAAGGAAGGUAUUGAGUCGGAUUUGACUCGACGCAGUUCAAAUUGUCCAAUACUUUGAAUCAUGAUUGAGAUGUCUAAUUGUUGCUGGAGCUGUCCUAACUGUUGCUGGACUUGUUUUGGCUCUACUAUCUCUGAGCUUGGUUCGUGGCGGUAUCGUGGAAAGAUGCCUCCACAGUUCGAGAUUGGUUGUGUCAGACCAACAACUGGUCCGACCAAUAUGCAAAAAGGUACAACACUGACAUUGUUUAGUGCAUAAGGCUGUCACGCUGGCUUUACCAAAACCGCAAUAAUUGGUUGUGUCCAUCACUGAGUUGUCAUGGCAGUGAGAGUCCA